AUGUCUUCCGACACUGCAGUUUCAAGCAUCAAAGUUAUGAAUCAGGAUCUUGUCAAGUUGGAUUGGUUUGAUAGAACCAACUACACCAAAUGGCAAGACAAAAUGGUAUUCUUACUGACUUCCCUGAAGGUUCACUAUGUCUUAGAUCCAGACUUAGCACCCAUUCCUGAACCAUUAGAAAAUGACUCUAAAGAAGUCAAGAAGGAGCGCAAGAAACGUAAGGAGGACGAACUGCUAUGUCGUGCACAUAUUCUGAAUACGUUGUCUGAUCGUCUCUACGAUCUCUAUACGGAUAAUCCGUAUGCAAUAGAAAUCUGGAAAGCACUCGAAUUCAAGUUCAAGGCCGGAGAGGAAGUCGGUGCAAUCAUUACAAAAUUGCCACCUUCGUGGAAAGGCUACAGAAAGAAAUUAUUGCACAGUUCUGAGGACUUCUCUUUGGAGAAAAUCCAGAAACAUCUUCGAAUCGAGGAGGAAUCGAAGGAGAGGGAGAAAUCAGAAUCUAUGGGUCUUUCUAAAGCCAAUGUUGUGACCACCAAAGGAAAGAAGAAACAUGAUGUCAUAAAGAGUCAUCUUGGACCAAAAAAGGAACAUAACAAGUUCAAGAAUUCUGGCGGUCAUAAGGAUCCGAAAAGCGGAUGUUUUGUUUGUAGAAAACCUGGAUACUAUGCUAGAGAUUGCAGGCAUAACAAGUCAAAAUACGAGAUCAAUGCAGUUCAUGCAAAUGAUGACAUAAUUGCUAUAGUGAGCGAAAUUAUGGCAAUCAAAGGCAAAGUUCAAUGUUGGUGGUAUGAUACAUGCGCUACGGUGUAUGUCUCAUAUGACAAGGUGCUUUCGAAACCUAUUCUGAGAUAA